GAUUCCCUUUUGCAGGCAGAAAUUGUCCCAUUCUUCUUUGUCGCCAGCAACGAGGGCUGUAUCGUUUUCCCUCUCCUCAGUUGCACAUACCAUAGCCUGGACUUGCGCCAGAUCUUCGCGCGCAAAAAAUCCUUCUGCAGCGACUCGCGUACCAAAGUCCCGUGGAUCUGUCCGCAGUGCGCAUGCUUACGAUCUGCCCAUCAUGUCUACCAACGAGAAGGAGCUCAGCAAUGGCCGCGAUGCUGCUGUAGCAGAGUACAAUGGAAGCGAUUCUUCUCGGGACGAAACCAUCCAGAAUGAGGCUCCCCAGGAUAGUAAGGAUAUGUAUCGCAUGGGCAAAGACCAGCAGUUCAAGCGCAUUUUCCGAAUGUCCACCAUGAUUAUAUUCACGUCUCUUAUCCAGUCGACGUGGGAAGUGACACUCAUUGCCUCCAGCGGUGGCCUGGUCAAUGGUGGUCGCCCUCUUCUAUUCUGGGGUUACAUAUGGACCUUCGUGGGUUUCCUUUUCAUCGUUGCCUCGCUGGCCGAAAUGUCUAGCAUGGCACCAACGUCGGGAGGUCAGUACCACUGGGUGUCCGAGUUUGCACCCUUGAAAUACCAGCGACUUCUAAGUUACAUCUCCGGCUGGAUGGCCACGUUGUCGUGGCAAGCUGGUGCUGCUGGAGGUGCCUUCUUGAACGGCACGCUCAUCCAGGGCAUCAUCGCCGCGUACGACAGCACUUACGUGCCACAGCGAUGGCAGGGCACGCUUUUCGUCUUCAUGGUGGCCCUUUUGGCGUUCAUCGUCAACGGUAUCUUCGCGAACCAGCUUCCGCGUCUGCAAAAAGUCAUGGUCUUUCCCCACGGUCUCGGCUGGAUCGCAGUGGUCGUGGUGAUGUGGGUGCUGGCGCCGCAUGCUAACGCGCACGACGUUUUCUUCAACUGGGAGAGCUUCGGUUGGUCCAACAUUGGCCUCAGUGCCAUGAUCGGUCAAGUGACGACUAUCUACUUCUUGAUUUGCUCUGACUCCGCCGCCCAUCUGGCCGAAGAAGUGAAGUACGCGUCGAAAGCUGUACCACGCGCCAUGAUCUGGUCUUUCACCCUGAAUGCUGUCGUCGGCCUGGUCGUUCUUACCACGUUCUUGUUCGCAAUUCCAAGCGUAGCCGACAUGUUGGACCCGACUAUCAACGUCUCUGGUUUUGCCUUCAUCUACGUUCUCCAGCAAUGCAGUUACAACGGUGGCAUCGUGCUAUUCGUUCUGAUCUUCAUGUGCCUGCUUGCCGGUGUGAUUGACGGCAACGCAUCUACCUCCCGUCAAACGUUCGCAUUCGCUCGCGAUGGCGGUCUUCCCUUUGGGAAAUGGCUGUCAAAGGUCAGCAAGGGUCACAACUCGACCGUUCCUCGGAAUGCCGUCAUCUUCUCCUGUCUUUGCACUUGCUUGCUCUCGCUGAUCAACAUCGGCUCAACUGUAGCUUUCAAUGCCAUCAUUUCGCUCCAGCUCAUGGCGCUCAUGGCAACCUACUCGAUCUCCAUCGGAUGCGUUCUUUGGGCACGUACGUUCGGCGAGAAGCGGCUGCCUCCUGCGCAGUGGUCGCUAGGUCGCUGGGGUGCACCCAUCAACGCCAUCGGCUUUCUAUACUCCCUCUUCUGCCUGUUCUGGACUCCCUGGCCGACGGUUAAGGACCCUAACGCGACUAAUUUCAACUGGGCUAUCGUGAUGAUGGGAGGCAUUGUCGUUCUCAGCACAGUCUGGUACUUCGUGGGUGGACGCAAGAAAUAUCAAGGUCCAGUUGCACUUGUUCGUGACAUCGUCUAUUGAAUGUCGUGAUGCUAUCAAAUGCAUGGCGCCCUCUGCCCUUGUUGAAUGCUAGGCGUUUGGAAAACGGGUUUUUGGUUCAUUGAAGGUGCAACAUUGGUACCAGUGGCCAUGACUUCAUGAUCUACGACGGACACCGCAAACAUGUCGAUAUAUACUAUACCUUAAUAAAUAGAAACGCUGAUUCAGUCCGAGUCGAACAAUCGCC